CGGAGCUUUCCGGCGUAGACGCUUUCCGGCGUCGCGCACGGAGCGUGAUGGAUUUGAAUGCGCUGUUCUGGAGAAGCGAGGGCGAAACUUUUUUCCAACGAUUUCACCAUUGGACAAAUAUUUUGGACCCGACACUCCUAUUUUCAUCCAAUGCAGACAUUGAAAAUGCCAGAAAGCAUUUACAGGACACUGGAGAAAACAUUACAGAGUCCUUACAGGACAAAAAGAUAAAAAAGGCCUGGUACCUAAGUCUGGCAUCUGUGCAUACUGGCACUGGCGAUACAAUUCCUGUCGCAUAUAGGCCACCAGCUUUCCUGGUCUGUACUGCUCCAUUGGUUAUUGCUUCUUUUUUACCAUACAGAGGGACGAAGCACGCCUUCCUUUGGCAGUUCAUUUUCCAUACGUACGUUGCCGGAUUCACCUUGGCAAAUGGGAAUUCUAAAAAAGAAGCAAACGAGAAUGCUCCAGAAAAGAUGAAAGAACUUCCAUACAAGCAGUUCUUUCUCAGUACUGGGGCAGUCUUGUAUUCUGCCACUCUUGGGGCUCUUCCUCAGUUCUUUAUGGCUCGCUUUAAACCACAGAGUUCUUUUGUGCAAGGUUUGAUCAAGUAUUGCAUACCAGGUCCAGUGACAGCCUUCUGUUGUGCAUUUAACGUGAUGGUAAUCAGAAGCACUGAGUUUGAGAGUGGGAUUGAAGUCAUGGACAGCAAAGGCAAUGUCAUCGGAGUGUCUCAGAGAGCUGGAGAAAAGGCUGUAAAAGAGACAGCAUUAUCCAGAGCAGCAAUGUUUUGUACGGCAAUAUGGAUCCCUGAUUUAACUCUGUUCUGCUUAAGAAGAAAAAGCUUUUUGCUUCAAAAUCCAUUGUUUUUGAAUCCACUGAGAUCUCUUGCAAUGAUUUCCAUCCUUGGAGCAAUGGUACCCGUUUCAUUUAGUUGGCUGCCACAGAUAGGCAAGAUAAAACGAAGUGACCUUGAACCUGAACUAGUCUCCUCCACUGAAGAAACAGAAUUCUUUUUCAAUAAAGGACUGUAAUCAUUUAGGAACUUAACUUACCAGGAAUGCUAUUCCUGGUACAAUGGAGUUUACAUGUCCAAACAUUUGCUUUUAAGCUUAAACAGGCAUCUUUGGUAUUUUUGACCAAUAAGGCUGAGCUUUAUGUGAUGGAUUAUUCAGCUCGUUUUAAUAUAUUCAUCAACACCCAUUCAGACCAACCUUCUGUAUGUUUACUCUGUAUUUUGAUGCAAUCAUGUGUGAGAACUGCUGCUAAAUUUUGUUGGGAAAAGAAAAUCCCAACCUCCCAUCACUGAUGCCCUUCAAAAGAGAAAGGAUUUAAUUUUGUGAUCUAUGUACUGUAAUUGUUAUAAUUAAAGGUCCCCCCCUCUUGCCUUGGAUGCUUUCAGUGAAUGUUCAGUGGAAUAAAUUCAGUGGACAUCACUGAAGAGAACUUUGUGAUCACUACUUCUGACGGAAUUGGAGCUGCUACAUUGGUUGGAUGGCUCCUAGUUGAGCUUUCAAAAAGGUUAUGCAGAGCCCAAAGUGGGCAGGGCUUGAAACUAGGUCCUUGGGCUGUGGGUUCCCCACCCUCAAGAUAAACAAAAGCCCCUGCUGGAGCAGUUAACGCUUCCCCCAUGCAAAGUCCUAGGGCUGAGACUUAACUUAAACAUGAAACCAGGUAUAUAGGAAAUACGAGGACAAUAUUCAAUGGCCCUGUUCAGAAAAUGGCUUUAGCCACAGUGAGUAAAGAUUUUUGCCUUAUUCACCGUAGCUAAAGCCAUGGUUUAAAGUGUUUUCUGAACAGGGCCAAUGUAGUUAGUGUUAAGAUGAAGCUGCCUUGCUUAUGCCUGCACACUACUUCUCUGGCCUAUGAUGGCUGCAUGCAUAGGGUUGGAUCCAGGCAUAGUUGUGCUUAGAGUAGAGCCAUUGAAACAAAUGGAAUUUAACUUAGACCCAAUAAUUUUAAUUUCUAAAUAUGGCCAAAUCAACCCAUAGAAAUGAAAACCUUUGCUUACAUGAUAAAAGGCACUUGAAACAUCAGAAAACAAUAUGCCCAGGAUCACAUUUAAAUUGGGCCCACUUUUUAUAGGUGUGUAUUGGGAUAUAUAAAUAUUGUUAGCCUUGUAAAUAAGCCCACAAAAGUUACUAGCUUGCUGUCAUGGGAGGGACAGAGAGCUUUGCCCUUCCUUCUGCAACCCACUCAAUUCUCUGCAUGCAAGUCUUUGUCACCUAUGGCUACCAGGUGAGUGUAUAAAUACAAUACUGCUAUUAAACAUAUAUGCUGAUUGCAAGGGAAAGAAAUGCACAGGGAUUCCUCCAGAUUAGCACCCUAACUCAUAUACA